AUGGCCAUGAACUUGGGUCACUGGAACAUUCACAGGCUGGCUCAUACCAUCUGCCUGCUUCUGGAAUACAAAGACUUAAACUAUGAGGAAAAGAAGUACAUGGUGGGGGAUGCUCCUGACCAUGACAGAAGCCAGUGGCUGAAUGAGAAGUUGAAGCCAGGCCUGGACUUUCCCAAUCUCCCUGACUUUGAGAAACUGAAGCCUAAGUACUUGGAGGAGCUCUGUGAAAAGAUGAAGCUCUUCUCCUUUCUGGGGAAGAGUCCAUGGUUUGCAGGAGACAAGAUCACCUCUGUGGAUUUUCUUGCUUAUGACAGUCUUGACCUGCACCAUAUAUUUGAGCCCUAGUGCCUGGAUGCAUUUCCAAACAUGAAAGACUUCAUUGCCCACUUAGAAGGCCUGAAGACGAUUUCUGCUUACAUAAAGUUCAGCUGCCUUUGCCCAGGCCCUGUGUACAUAAAGAUUGCUAUUGGAACAGGCCCUGACUCUACGGAACCACCUAAGGCUGGAGGCAAAAGUUCCCUCAGGUUUACUCAGAGAAGGAGAAUCAUAUUAAAAUAUUUUGUGAGGAUCAUAGUGACAUCGGAUGCUCCCGUUGUCCCGCCCCUUCAAUCUACAGCCAGUAAAACACCCAUAACUCAGCAAAGAUUCUUCUGCCUGACACACCAGGAUGCUGGACAGUUCCACACAUCUGUACAUCUAAAGGUGGGUGGUCUGGAACACAUGGAGGAGGCAGAACUGGGGGAACAGAAGAGGUGGUGCCUGUGA